UUUGUUGACAGCUCCAACCCUCGGCCUUCCUCACCUCCCCUUGACCCCUCCCCACCGCUAUGCACGGCGACCAAGCACUCCAGCUCGUCACUGCCGUGCACCGCUCAACACUUGCCACUGCACCUCAGCUCCCUAUCCCAAAGUAUGCCCAGAAGCUCGUCCUCGACAUCUGCCUUGAGACGCGUCAGCUCGGCGAGGCCAUCGCCGUCGCCACAGAAGAUGCCCUCAACCUGACCCAGGACCCCGCCCUCAUCUGCGCCCUCACUAUCAACCAUCUCGCCGUACGACGGAACAAGCGCUGUCUCCUUGCAUACCUCCACACCCGCGUCGACGGGAUAAAGGAGCGAUGGUGGGACGCGGGUGGCGCCCUCGCCCAUCUCCUCGCCCCGUACGACCCCACCUCGGCACCCGGCGUGGGUAACAACACGGGUGAUCCCGACGCGCCUGACCUCCGCUCUGCCUUGAGCCAGCAGGAACUCGACUUCAUGCGCGAUUACAGCAGCUUGGUGCUCGACUACAAGAGCGACUUCCUCGACGUCCUCGACAUUGCCGCGCCCAUCGGUCGGCCACCGGGAGAACUCUUUGUUGACGUGCGGGUUGUGCGCGACGCCGGCGAGGUCGUGCUCGAGAAUGGCGCCCGAUUCGAGUUCACCAAGGGCUCUCGCUUCUACCUUGAACGCGCACUAAUCGAGCGGCUCAUCGUCCAGGGCUAUCUCGAGGAGAUCUAGCGCGCUACGUGCGUGUGAUGCCACCACCACGCUCGAGGGCGACCCAAGGCUUCCCCCACCGUCGAGCAUACCUUGAUCAUCGUUCCGCAUUUCGGCGAUCCAGCCACCACAACCUCCCAACCUCCCUCAUAGACCUCUCGCUCGCAUGGGUACAGUGUAUAAUGCAUGUUGUCACAG